GAACUGAGCCUCGGUCACACAUCCAGGCACCGACUCAAGCUGAGGAAACUCACACACACACACUCUUACUCACGCACACACACAUCAGUUCCAGCAGCAAUGCCUUACUCUCUGCUCCCGCUGUGCCUCCUGGGAUUGCUCACCGUCUCCUCCGCCUGCUACAUCCAGAACUGCCCCAGAGGAGGCAAAAGAGCGCUGACGGAGACUGGAGUCAGACAGUGCAUGUCUUGUGGCCCUGGAGACAGGGGGCACUGCUUUGGCCCCAGUAUCUGCUGCGGAGAGAGCUUUGGCUGUAUACUGGGCUCUACUGAAACAGCUCACUGCAUGGAGGAGAACUACCUGCUCAGCCCCUGCCAGGCAGGAGGGAGACCCUGUGGAUCUGAGGGAGGACGCUGUGCUGUCUCAGGUCUCUGCUGUGAUUCAGAGAGCUGCACUGUAGACAAUGACUGUGUCGGUGAUGCCGAAGCCUCAGAUCCAGGCCACGCUGGAAGUUCUCCUGUGGAGCUGCUGCUCCGCCUGCUGCACGUGAACAGAGGACAGGCGGAGUACUGACACUGGGAACAGGAAAAGCUCUUCUGCUCCUCAGGACUUGGCAGCCUAACAGUGAAUUUAUCUUACUGACAAUCAAACCGUCCGUUAAUAAAAUGCUGCAUCAGACUGUGUUUUCUCAUCACCACUUCUGCUGUGCUAAUGUCGUGUAAAGAAUUCACUUCUGUUAGCUCAACUGUUGGCUUCUAAAAAUAAUAAAAAUGUACAUGAAA